AUGGAUUCUUCUUCAAACCUCACUUCGCUUCCAGAAGAAACAACCAUCCAAUCCCCCAAGCACCACCAGCCACCACCCCAGCCCCGCCCCCUCUCCGCCUUCGCCGCCCGCCCCGAUCGCCCAGCAACCCAGACCAGCUCCGUAAAGUUCGCACCUUUGGAUUGGAAGGCCUAUUUCGACAAAGAAGACGACAUCUCCAUUCCGGACUCCGAGGAUGUGUUUCAUGUGUAUAUGGCAGGAACAGAGGGUCCUGUUGUGUUUUGCCUUCAUGGUGGUGGCUUCUCUGGGCUUUCAUUUGCCUUGUCAGCAAGUCAAAUCAAGGAGAAGGCUCGAGUAGUUGCCAUGGACUUGAGAGGACACGGAAGGACAACUACAGAAAAUGACAAUGAUCUUUCUAUUGAGACCAUGUGCAAUGAUGUUCACGCUGUUCUGAAAGCAAUGUAUGGAGAUUCGCCUCCUGCAAUUGUGCUUGUUGGCCACAGUAUGGGAGGGUCAGUUGCUGUGCAUGUUGCUGCAAAAAAAACAUUGCUGAACUUGGCUGGGCUGAUCGUUGUAGAUGUUGUUGAGGGAACAGCUAUGGCUUCGUUGAUACAUAUGCAAAAAAUUCUAUCAGGCAGAACACAUCAUUUUUCAAGCAUUGAGAAAGCGAUAGAAUCGACUAUAAAGGGAGGUUCUUUGAGAAAUAUUGAGUCUGCCCGUGUAUCAGUACCUACCACAUUAAAGUAUGAUGAUUCAAAGAAAUGUUACGUUUACAGAGCACGACUCGAGGAAACAGAACAAUAUUGGAAAAACUGGUAUGAAGGCCUUUCUGAAAAAUUUCUGUCAUCUCCUGUUCCAAAGCUCCUGCUUUUAGCUGGAACAGACCGACUUGACAGAACUCUGACAAUCGGUCAAAUGCAAGGCAAGUUUCAGAUGGUUGUUGUCAGACAUACUGGGCAUGCCAUACAAGAGGAUGUACCUGAUGAAUUUGCAACACUAGUAAUAAAUUUCAUAUCUCGUAACCGUAUAGGCCCACAUGGAGUUGAGAUUCCAGGACUUCGUCGGCCCUCCCAGUCUAAACCUUGAAUCAGACUUCCAGCACAGAACGGAUGAGGCUCCCCCUUGUAUUCAGAUUGAGAAUUCGCAUUCUUAGGAUUUUGUGUAUCUUGCUUUUUCGGGAGGGUGUCUUCGGUUAAUCAAAAUUGUAGUAGUUACCCAGUAAACUGUGUAGCAGUGUGUUUUGAAAUAAUGCAAUUUUCUGGCCAAGAAAUGAGCGCUU